GCCGUGUGUACAGCCGCACGGGCGCCAAGGUGGCCAUCAAGAAGCUGUACCGGCCCUUCCAGUCGGAGCUGUACGCCAAGCGCGCCUACCGCGAGCUGCGCCUCCUCAAGCACAUGCGCCAUGAGAACGUGAUCGGGCUGCUGGACGUGUUCACUCCAGAUGAGACCCUGGAUGACUUCACAGACUUUUACCUGGUCAUGCCGUUCAUGGGCACGGACCUGGGAAAACUCAUGAAGCACGAGACGCUGAGCGAGGACCGCGUCCAGUUCCUCGUCUACCAGAUGCUGAAGGGGCUGAAGUACAUCCACGCGGCCGGCGUCAUUCACAGGGACCUGAAGCCCGGCAACCUGGCAGUGAACGAGGACUGUGAGCUGAAGAUCCUGGACUUCGGCCUGGCCAGGCAGGCCGACAGCGAGAUGACCGGAUACGUAGUGACGCGGUGGUACCGGGCGCCCGAGGUCAUCUUGAACUGGAUGCACUACACACAGACAGUGGACAUCUGGUCCGUGGGCUGCAUCAUGGCGGAGAUGAUCACAGGGAAGACGCUGUUCAAGGGCAACGACCACCUGGACCAGCUGAAGGAGAUCUUGAAGGUGACGGGCACGCCGCCCGACGAGUUCGUCCAGAGGCUGCAGAGCACGGAUGCGAAGAACUACAUGAAGGGCCUCCCCGAGUUGGAGAAGAAGGAUUUUGCCUCCAUUCUGACCAAUGCAAGCCCUCUGGCGGUGAACCUCCUGGAGAAAAUGCUGGUGCUGGACGCAGAGCAGCGGGUGACGGCGGCCGAGGCCCUGACCCACCCGUACUUCGAGUCGCUGCACGACGCCGAGGAUGAGCCCCAGGCCCAGAAGUACGACGAGUCCUUUGACGACGUGGACCGCACCCUGGACGAGUGGAAGCGUGACACGUAUAAAGAGGUGCUCAGCUUCAGGCCCCCCCGGCAGCUGGGGGCCAAGUCCUCCAAGGAGACGGCCCUGUGAAGACCCCUGGGCCCGGAGGGGGUGGUGGGACGUCUUGGGGACCCUGGCUGGCACUUCCGCCUGGGAUCGGGGAGCCCUGUGACCUUGGCUGGAGCUUGCACCCCAGGAGACUCCUCAUUCCAUGCACUCCAUCCCCCAAGCCCGUGGCCCCGCUCCCAGGCCCCCAGCUCAGCCUAACCUUGGAGGGGCAUGUGGACUUGCUGCCCAGGGCACCCUCCUGACCUGGGGCUGGCCUCCGCAGUGGUCCCCUGAGCAGGGUGCAGCAGGAAGCCGCAGAACCUGGGGGGGGGC